GAUAGUUUAUUUCAGUGUGCUCUAAUUCUAAAUAUUGACAUUUUCAGGAACAAAACACUGAUAACGCGCUGAUUACAGCUAUCAACAGUUUUUGGAAAACGACAUGUCGCGUGGUACUUAAUUCUCGUAUUUUUACAAAGCACGGAGAAGGUUUCUCAUAGGAAUGUUGUUGAUGUUUGGUUUUUGAAAGAAAGAAGAAUAUCAAAAGUCAUUAAAUCGAGAAUGAGGAUGCGACCAUCAAACGUGUUUUAUUCGCAGGAUUCUAUCAGCAGAACUUUCGUCAAUGGAGGGACAAUUGGUGACAUGUUGGAUGAUAUAUGUGAAGGAAGGAAAGGCAUUUACAUCUUUACUAUAACAGUUGUCAAUCGCAACGGAAAAUGGGUUACCACCGACAAUCGACGUCUCUGGGUAUUUCGGCAGCUGGAGAGGCUCGGGAAGUGUAGCUAUAUUGAUGUCGACGUGGGUUACACAAUUCCAGAAGAGAAAAUGACGUCAUCCAAUGGUGGCGUGUCAGUGCAUGUGCGCGGAGGGCCGGGUGGUUACUGGCAUGAGAAGUCAUCUUCGUCCAACACGUGCAUCAAAUGGACUAUUGUGGUGUUAUUGUGUCUGUUUUUCCUUGCAUUGUUUGGUUUGUACACCAACGCAAAACGUCGUUGAUAAUAUUGCCAUAUUAUUCAUUUCACUUCAUUCCCGCAACAAAAAUAUAUGCAUUUUACCAAGAAGUCGAAUAAGUAGAGAAGAAAAAAAUACAGAAAGGACUUUU